AUGCUAGAUGUCAGAACAUCUUCAUAUAAAAAGUAUUUUGUCGAAGCUAUUAUAGCUUUAACAUGUGUAUUUGUUUUUUGUGAAUAUUUACUAUAUUAUUUGGUAUUUAUCCAGUGUGCAUGGCCAGUUUUAGAAUCUCAUAAAAUUGAUACAACAAUUAGUCAACCUACACCAGAAGAAACUCCAGUGCAUGCAAUGUUUAUAGCAGAUACUCAUUUAUUAGGUUCAAAAAAUGGACAUUGGUUUGAUAAAUUAAAAAGGUGAUUUAUUUGAUGAAGGACAAUGGAGUAGUUCAACAGAAUUUGAUCAAUAUAUACAAAGAUUUCACUCAUUAUUUUCAGUACCUAAACACACUCAUCUUUAUGUUGUUGCUGGAAAUCAUGAUAUUGGAUUUCAUUAUGUAAUUUCACCAUACCUAAAUCAACGAUUUGUAAAUGGUAUGAAGUCACCAAGUGUGAAAAGAGUUAGUAUCAGAGGAAAUCACUUUGUUUUAAUUAAUAGUAUGGCACUGGAAGGAGAUGGAUGCUUUUUGUGUCGUCCUACAGAAAUUGCAUUAAAUAAAAUUGCCACAUUAUCCUAUGUAUCGCGAGUCUGAUGAAAUUUGCAAUGAACUUGAUCAAGCACCAGACGAAAUAAAAGAUAUUAAGUUUAGAGAACGAUGGGAAUGCUUAUCAAAGGAAGCAUCUGAACAACUUUUAGAUAUAUUGAAUCCAAGACUGAUCAUUAAUGGCCACACUCAUCAUGGUUGUAGGAGAAUACAUAGAAAAGAUAUAUUAGAAUUUACAAUAUCAUCUUUCAAUUGGCGUAAUAAGAAUAAUCCCUCACUUUUACUAGGUGUAUUUACUCCUAAUAAUUAUUCUGUAUCAAAAUGUUACAUGCCUGUGGAAUCUACAGAGAUCAAAAUUUAUAUCAUCAGUGUAGUAUGUAUCUUCAUAUAUUUAAUUAUAAAAUGUAAACUAAGACAAAAUCGAUAUUAUCUCUUGAAGUUUCACUAA